AUGUUGGCGCAAAAAGAUUUCAGCCAGAGCGCUUUGGCCGGCGAAACGGCGGAAAACGGGCCGGUGGCGCGCCAGAGCCCGCGCGCGCAGGGCUCGGGUGUAUGUACACCCCGCGCCGAAGAAAACUUGAACGCCAACUUCGUCCAGGGCCCCUUCAAAGGUCAGUUUAUUUCUUUUGGAGAUGUUGUGAACUUCAGUGCCCAUUCCCAGGGCUUGGGGCCCUGGGGGGCCCCCACUUUCCAGCAUUCUUUCCAGUCUUCCAAGCCCAACGUGCGCAUCACUGUUACCCACAAGCAGGGGGCCCCCAUUCAGUACCUUUUCAGCAGCAACGGCAAGGGGGGCAUUCAGCAGAUAAGGGGGCCCCCCAAGGGCUUCUAG